GGAUCUUUCUUAUUUUUUACAGGAUUGAGACUAAUCAUCUCAAAAGCCUCACAGAGGAUACCAAUGUCAUCCAGAUCUGGCAGUGCAGGAGAGUAUGAAACUAGUGACCAGUCACCCAGCUGUUCAGCUUCCCCACCAGUCCCAGAGUCUAGUGAGACUGAGGCUGAAGGCUUGAUAUUUUAUCACAUGGAUCUUUAUGGAUCAAAGGAGAGGUUUGAUAUCUUUCCUGAAGACCUGUCUGGUCAAGGAGACAGAUCUUGGGGGGAUACAAGAAGGGAACCUGCACUGAGUAGUCAAAAAUUUCAGCGAUCACAGGAAGCUGGAUAUGAUUUGGAAAAGGAGGUUGCAGAGUUGGCUAAGAUGUAUGGACUUGAUGAAGAUAGAGAAAAAGAGCUUGAGCUUCUUGGAGGACAUGUAGAGAACAGAUGGCCUCGCACAGGAAAAGCAAAAUCACAAGGCUCCAUAUAUAAUGCAUCAAAAAGCAUCUCUCCAGUGAAAGAUCAAAGUCAAAGUACAAAGCCACAGGGACUUCCUGAUGAAGCUUCUCAAGAUGAAGAACCAAGUAAAGCCAGAGCAGAGGAUGAGGCUGAGAGCUGCAUACAGUCCAGAGAGGGGCUUAGCAGCGGUGGCAUGUCAGAUGAGUGGAACAGUCAGGCUGUCAGUGAGGAGGAGGAAGUGGCAGAUGUUUUUUGUUCUACCUGCAAGAUUCCAAUCCGAGCUUUUGACAAACUCUUCGGUGAGCACAAGGAUCAUGAGGUGGCUCAGCUCCCCAGUGCCAUGGAAAGCGAAAAGGAGGAGAUUCAUAAAAACAUGUGCAAGUUGGAGGAGCAGAUUGCUCAGAUGGAAAACUUUGCCUGUCACUUGGAGGAAAUCUUCAUCACUGUAGAGGAAAACUUUGGGAGGCAGGAGCAGAACUUCGAGGUGCAUUACAACAAUGCAGUGCAAGUGCUUGCUCAGAAGUAUGAAGAACAGUUGGAAGCACUGGGCGAAGAGAAGAGGCAGAAGUUAGAAGCUUUAUAUGGGCAGCUGGUCAGCUGUGGGGAACACCUCGACACCUGCAAGGAGCUGACAGAUGCAACCCAGGAGCUUUACCUGGAAAAUGACAAAGCCAAUUUUAUGAAGGCAGCAGUAGCCAUGGUUGACAGGCUGGAAGAAUUCUUAAAGAAAGAAGUGGAUUUGGAGCUUUCAAUGCUGCCAGACUUUGAAAAGCGGGUCAUAGAUUUCUCUGAAGUUGAACAGCUAAUGAACUCCAUUAAUACUAUUCCAGCUCCUUGUGCCCCUGUGAUCAAUCCCCAAGCUCCCAAUGCAGCGACUGGCACCUCACUGAGAGUUUGCUGGGGCCUUUUCUCAGAUGACACUGUUGAGUCCUACCAACUGUGCUAUAAACCAGUCAGCAACGAGACGCACAGUGAUGAACAAGCAGAGCACACUUUAAAAGUCAAAGAAACAUACUGCACCAUUACUAAUCUGUUGCCGAAUACACAGUAUGAAUUUUGGGUCAGUGCUUUAAAUGCUGCUGGUAUCAGUCCACCAAGUGAAAGAGCAGUUUAUGUAACAGCUCCUUCACCACCUACCAUAAAAAGUAAAAAGAUCCGAAGCUGUGAAAAUGCAGCACUGGUGUGCUGGGAAUCUAGAGACGUUAACCCUGUUGAUUCCUACACGGUUGAAUUGUCCAAGCUGACAGAUGAAGAAGAUCGCGACAGUAUUACUGAAUCUAUUGUUGGGAUUCCUAACUGCGAAGUCAUAAUUCACCUGCAGCCAGCACAAAGCUAUCGCAUCUGUGUUAGAGCCCUUAACCUGGGUGGUUCCAGUGAAAGAAGUGACCCUGUCCUGAUACACACCACAGGCACCUACUUCUGCCUUAACGAGGACACAGCUCAUCCUUUACUGGCGAUUCUAGGUGAUGGAUUUACAAUUGCAUGUGAUGAACUGGAAAACCCAGAGUGUGAUCUGCCCGUCUAUGAUAACAGCUUUACAAGGUGUAUUGGGAUCCUGGGCAGUCUGAUCCCAUUUCCGGGAAAGCAUUACUGGGAGGUGGAAGUUGAGGAAGACACAGAGUACAGAAUCGGUGUGGCUUUUGAAAAUACUCCGAGACAUGGCUACCUGGGGGCAAACAACUCAUCCUGGUGCAUGAGGCAUAUCAUCACACCAUCAAGGCACAAGUACGAAUUCCUGCACAGUGGGAUGACACCAGACAUCAGAAUUACCAUCCCCCCCAGAAGGCUCGGCAUCCUGCUGGACUAUGAGAACUGCAGACUGUCAUUUUUCAAUGCAGAUAUUGCCCAGCACCUUUAUGCAUUCAAUGCACGUUUCCAGCAUUAUGUCCACCCCUGCUUUGCUUUGGAAACACCAGGUAUCUUACGGAUACACACUGGACUGGCAGUACCCCCAUGGACUGCCCUCCCAUAACCUGUGUGCUGCAGCUACCCCGUCCACGUGUAACCUGUGCUGAGCAACGUCCUCUUUCAGCACUGACUGCUCCAUCACACUCCCUAUAAACCAGCGGUCUCCCAGGAGAGCAAAGCAACCCUGACCCAAACCAGCCACCUGGCCUGAGUCCUUAACAAGUUUUUGUCCUCUUAGGCAGGAUUUUAGCAGAAAAGCAUCAUGGUCACAAGAUCCAUCAGCAUCCCAGAAUUCUCCAGUUAGAAACAGAUACCAUCCUUCUCAAAGGUGACACUGUCACCGUGCAGCAGCGACAGCUGGAUCAUGGUUCCCCCAGUACCUCUUUGAUGUACAGGGAACUCCCCUGUUCCAGAGCAAUCAUAAGUUCGACUCCUGUGUCUGCUGAAGAGCUAAAAAUUCAAAGAGAAACAAAAAUAGCAAAAAAUAACAAAAUCUGUACAGCUGCUAGACAGAGCUGAAAACGUUCCAACCAUGAAGCUGAUCUCACAAUCCAAUAUUCUUGUUGCUACAUGAAGUCUGUGACACAAGAUAAUCAAAUACACCUCCCUUGUGUGUGAGCUGUUAGCACCUACCAUACACAGUGAGGCUUUUUGAAAUACCCAAGCAUGCACUAGUCUCAAAUACCAAGACAUUUUUACAAAAUGUCCAUGCUUCUUUCAUUCAUCCUGGGAAAACCCCCAAAACCAGGGCCUUUUGCAGUGCUUGAUGGCCCCAGCAGAGAAACCUAAAGCAUCAUUUUUAGCUUGUUCUUUUUGGCCACGCUCACUGAUCCGUUCUCCCCCUCAGCACUUAAGAAUCCUCACCCCUGAUGCUGUGCUCUUGAAGCUCUGGGUGUCCUGUGGGGGAUGGAAAUACUCUGGCCCAGC